AUGUCUUAUCCAACACGCAAUAUUGGCGAUACUGACGUCUCUGCCAUCGGUUUCGGUGCAAUGGGCUUAUCUGCGUUCUACGGCCCGACUGAGCCAGACGAAGAGCGUUUUAAGGUUCUGGACGCCGCUCUCGACUAUGGUUGCACCCUCUGGGACACAGCGAACGCAUACGGAGAUAGCGAGGAACUCAUCGGAAAAUGGUUCACGCGCACAGGCAAGCGCGAUAGGAUCUUCCUUGCUACCAAGUUCGGGUUUGACAUCAGCAAACCCUCCGGUAUCAACGGAUCUCCGGAACAUGCUGAAGCCUGUUUAGAGGCGUCGUUGAGUCGUCUCUGUGUAGAGACGAUCGACCUAUAUUACUUGCAUCGUCCCGAUCCUGAAGUGCCAAUUGAAGUGACGGUCGGAGCUAUGGCAAAAUCUGUCAAGGCUGGGAAGGUGAAAUACCUCGGUCUCUGUGAAUGCAGCGCGAAUACCCUCCGCCGUGCGCAUGCCGUGCAUCCGAUUGCAGCCCUCCAAGUCGAGUACUCGCCAUUUACGCUGGAUAUCGAGGAUCCCAAGAUAGGCCUCUUGCAGACCGCGCGCGAGCUUGGUAUUACAAUUGUUGCGUAUUCACCUGUCGGAAGAGGGUUACUCACUGGACAAUAUAAAUCCCCCGAUGAUUUUGCUGAAGAUGAUUAUAGACGACACAUUCCUAGGUAUUCGAAGGAGAACUUCCCAAACAUUUUAAAGUUAGCAGAUAAAUUGAAGGAGUUGGGUCAACAUCACAAUGCUACGGCUGCGCAGGUGGCCCUUGCAUGGGAUCUUGCGCAGGGUAACGACAUUAUCCCUAUUCCGGGGACAAAAAGGAUCAAGUACCUGAAGGAGAAUCUUGACAGCGUUCAUGUACACCUUUUGGCGGAAGAAAUUCAAGAGAUCCGUACAUUCGUCGAGAAAGCUAAUUUGACAGUUGGCGAUCGGCAUCCGCCCACUGGAAUGAAGACACUGUACGCAGAUACUCCGGAGUUGAAGUAA